AUGAUAUCGAGAGAUCAAAAAAAUUUAUCCGAUUACAUAAAAGAAGUGCAUUUGACGCUAAGACGUAGAGCGCGACAAAUAGGCGCUGAAAAUGCUUGGAAAGAACAUAUUCAAAGCGAUGACAUGUUGUCGAAAUAUGCCGAUUAUAUGAAAAAACUUUCUGAAAAUUAUUGGUCUGUUAAUAAUAAAAGUGAAAAAGGUUUGAUCGAUUCGACGUUUACUAGUAAUUUGAAUUUUAAUAAUUUAUCAAAUUGUUUAAAUGACGUUCCAUUUAAAAUGUUAGAUGUCGGAAGUUGUUUUAAUCCAUUUAAACAAUUUAAUUUUUUAAAUGUUUAUCCAAUCGAUUUAUAUCCCGCGACAUCGGAUGUUAAAAAAUGUGAUUUUUUACAAGUGACCGUUAAAAAUUUGAAUUCGAACGAAUGGUCGUUCAAAGAUAAUAUGUCCGAACUACCAUCAAAUUUUUUUAACGUUGUCGUUUUUAGUUUAUUUUUAGAAUAUCUUCCGUCUCCCAAACAAAGAUUUAUCGCUUGUUUAAACGCUUAUAAAUGUUUGAAAGAAAAUGGUUUGUUAUUAAUUGUCACUCCUGAUUCGAAACAUGCUUCUGCAAAUGCUUCCUUGAUGAAAAAUUGGAAAAUAAGUGCUGCUUGUAUUGGUUUUAAUAGAAUCCGAUUGGAAAAACUCAAAUAUCUUUAUUGCAUGGCAUUUAGAAAAUCUAUUUUUAACAAAUAUCCUUCUUUACUUUAUAACAUACAAACUGAUUGUUGUAAACCUGAAGAAAUGUUCAUAAUUCCUCAAGACUCGGUCGAUUACGAUUUAAAAUCGAAUCCUGAAAUAGUUUUUGAAAAAGAUGAAUCCGAUGUGAGAUGUGCUUUUAACGAACUUCCUUUUUAA